GUGGGGCGGGAGCGCGGUCAUGUCCGAGGAGCUGGCCGGAGGGGAGAACGCAGGCGAGCAGCCGGAGUCGGCCAGCCUCGGCGGCAGGGGCAGGGAGGAGGCUGCCGCGGCGUUGACAGCGGGGGCCGGAGGUCUCUCUCAAGAUGAAAAGGAAAGUAAUGUAAAUUGCAAUGGUUCCAACAAAGGCGUCACUUUGAAAAGAGGUUUCCAUGGAAGAACUACCACGUUUCCAGAAGUUGUUGAUACGACACAAUUAUCAUACUAUGAAAGAUAUAAGGCUUACCAGGACUACAUCUUGGGUGACACAAAGCCAUCAGAAGUGCAGGAUUUCUUUGCAGACUAUUUGGAGAAGGUUCUAGAACCAUAUGGAUGGCAAGCGAUCUGGUCCAAUGAUACAUUUGAGGUGCUGGUUGAGGUGACUGAUGUGGAAACUUCAAGCCUCAGGGCAGUGGUAAAGCUGACAGAACCAUUCCUUUAUGAGUCUGAAACAUAUUCUCUGAACAUGGAAGCAAUGGAAAGUUUCCUUGAGGCAAAAGAUCACCUUGUGCCUCUCCAGGAAUUAUACUUGGUUUUUGAAGAAUCUGGAGAGUUCGAUCAAACAGCACUUGCUAUCGAACAUCUCAGAUUUUUCUACCAACAUAUUUGGAGAAUCUGGGAUGAAGAUGACGAAGAUGAUGACUUUGAUUACUUUGUCAGAUGUUGUGAACCAAGAUUGAAGCUGUAUUAUGAUAUUCUUGAAGAUCGUGUUCCUGCUGAUCUCAUUGCUGAAUACAAUCACCUGUUAUCAAAGUGUGAGGAGAUACAUAAAGAAUUUAUAAAAGUGAGAAAUAACAUCACUGCAGGUGAUUCUGAAUCUGAAUUGAGUAAUGUUUCCAUAGUGGAAGGUGUUAAACUUUGUGAAGAGUUGGAUAAGCUUAAAUAUAAGCUUCGCAUAAUGGAAUCCCCACUUUACAGAUAUGUUCUGCGCCAGGAUGGAUAUGGCUUGCCAGGAAAGCAGGCCAAAGGAAUUCGCUCUUCAGGGGAAAAGGUUAUUCAUGUUGUUUCAAGCUCCAUGACCAUUAAUCUACUGCAAUCUUUGCUGAAGGAGAAACUAAACCCAGAUUCUUUUAUUCAGGAACAACCAAUAGAGUUUCAUAGUGAUCCACUUGCAGCAAUAGAUGGCUGUUGUGAAGGAGAUGUUGUUAUCAUCUGUCCUGGCCGUUACAGUGUAAAUGGUUAUUUCAGAAUUGCUGAUUCCAUUCAAGUGGAAGGGUAUGGACUUCCUGAUGACAUUGUUCUAGUGAAAGAAGGCAAAGGAGACACCUUUAUCGAUUGCACAGCCACUUGCGUAAAAAUAUCCAAUUUGAAAUUGAUUCAGUAUGAUGCUACAGAGGGUAUUCUAUGUGUCCGCAAAGGCCAGACUAUUCUCGAGGGCUGUGUUUUACAAUGUGACUGUACAGGGGUUGUGCUGAAAACAGGAGCAGAACUGCACAUGAAGAAUUGUGACCUAUAUGGAGCAAAGGGAGCAGGCAUUGAAAUUUAUCCUAGCAGUACAUGUGAGCUGUUUGGUAAUGAUAUACAUCACUGCAAGGAGGGAAUACUUGUUAAGAAUUUCAUGGAGCAACUAUAUGACAUGCCAAAAAUAACAAUGAUGAAUAAUCUGAUCCAUAAUCAUGAAGACUAUGGCAUUACAAUGUCCAAAUUUGCAAUUAACUUCACAAAAAUGAAACCAUUUUUUCUACAGCAGCUUACAGGUGACAUGGAGGUAAAGAAGAACUUGCAAAAUGAUUUCAAUGAACAAAACUUAGAAUUAAAUUCUGGUUGUGGCAUAGCACAGCAUGUACCAGAUUUAUUAAUUGACGAAUGUAGUCCUACUGCAUGUGAAGAAAUAGUUGUCUGGCACCCCACUGAUGUCACUGAAUGUGAUGAAGCAAUAACAAAUGAAUUAAUUUCUACUUCUGCAACAAAGAGGGAACAGUCUAGAAGCAGAUUAAAUGAAACAGUAGACAGUGAGAUGAAUAACUUAAUAUCACAAGAAGUAUUCCCAUCCAUUGUAGGUAAUCAUUUUAAGAAAAAUGGAAAAGGAAGUUUUGGAAUUGUAUACUAUUAAUUUCAUUGUGUACAGAAAACAUUGUAUAUGAAAUACAUUUGUAGAGAAGUUGUACAGCCGCUUUGAAGACCUUUAUGUAAAAUGACAGAACAGCAAGCAAAUAAGAAAAUGUUGUAAUUCUUGAUAAUACUGCAGUCCAAGGGUCUUCUCAGUAAUGGAUAUAUAUACUCAGGUUUAGGAUGUUUUAAGCUAUGAACCUUUUGAUGAAGUACAGGUAUUUGUGUUGAAUUAUAACCAGUUAAUUUAACAUGUAUCUAAGGUCAUUUAGAAAGGCAUUUUCUUAAACUGCAAUUUUGUCACAAAUUUUUUAGUAGUGUAAAAUUGAAUUUGUAAAGUUUAUAGUUGGUUGGACUCAACUUUUCACAUGCCAUUGCUAAAAACAUUUAAGUCCCAAAAAUGAAAACUGCUUGUGAACUCUAAGGGCUUAUUUGACAGCUAUACUUCCUUUGUACACAUUCAUUAAUUUCUUAAGAGUUUAAAAUAAACACUGCUGGAGGAACUCAGUGUGUCAGAAUGCACUAAUAAAGGCAGAGGGAUGGGUAACAUUUAUGGUUAAGACACUACAUUAGUCCCGCUUUUGGGUCUUGACUCAAGACGUCGACUACCCAUAUGCCUCCACAAAGACUACUUGAUUUGUUGAGUUCCUUCAGCUUUAUGCUCCCUGUUAAAGCACCCACAGUCUAUAGUGUCUUCCUUAAUUUAUGAUCUGUUUAUUUUCAACACUGGUUUUAUUUAACUUUAUUCCUGCUAUUUUUGUUUUUGCUUUUAGUUUUGGUUGGGGGCUGGUAUUAUACAAAGAAAUGGUUUAGCACCUAAUCAAUAUGGCUAGAUAUAGGUCCUGUCAGUUGGUUAUUUUUCUAUUAUCAGCAUUGAACAAUUCUAUAUUUAUAUGUACUGUGGAUGAAUUUGGGAACUUGUGUUGUAUUGGAUGAAGGAAGAUUCUUGAUAAUCAGGUGAAACCAUGUAACUAUUAAUACUGAGUUAAUACUGUCAAUAUAAACAUAAUGAAAGAUAAAAUUGAAUAAAGAUGAGACUACAUUCUACUGUG